AUGUUUCUUCGAAGGCUUCCUAAAGGAGCUUCACGGCGCUUUUCUGCCGUUGCGACAGCAAAAGUAACUGUUGGGCCCCGGUACGAUACCCAACAGGCUCCUCAAGCCGUCCAAUCGCACCAGAACAAGCAGAUCCGACGCAUGGAAGAGAUCCGGGCUCAACCGUUGACUCUCUUGCCAACACCUUUACCUGAUGAUAUGCCUCAGAAUGAGCAAUUCUUCCCUAGCUCCAAAAAACAACAGUCUCUGGCAGUUAUCGCUGCUUGUCUGAGGGAUCUCUACGAUGUUCCCCGAGCUGAAGAGAUUUUUAAUCGACUAAGAGAAGAAGCAGAAACAGGCGCAAGUGUCAUGACUAUCGAUACUUAUAACGCAAUGUUGCUUGCAUAUGCCCAGCUUCAGGCCGAAGGAACGCAGUUGGUGGAACCGAUACGUGCCCAGUGGGCAGAGAAACUAUGGAGCCUCUGGCAGAUAAUAGUAGAAGAAAAAGAUCGGGUGGCAUUGAAUGCUACAUCGAUAGCUAUCGCAUUCCUGGCACAUAUCAGAGCUCCAAACGAUGAAUAUCACCCUUCUCCAGCCGAACUCCUUGAAAUAACCUUUAACAAGAAAUUUUCUGUCAUGUUCUUUCCUCUCCUGUUCUAUUAUCGGACAGCUCCAAACGAUGAAUAUCACCCUUCUCCAGCCGAACUCCUUGAAAUAACCUUUAACAAGAAAUUUUCUGUCCCUGAUGUUCUUUCCUCUCCUGUUCUAUUAUCGGACGUAGACCAUGAAGCUGUUCGUCAAGUGAUCCGGCAGACGGCAGAUGAGUUCCAGCACUGUGAUGUGUUGGAGUCACUGAAGAGCUACGAUCAAUUUGUUCCCAACCGCGGACCUGCGACAGGAAGAACGAACAUAAUGGUUCCCGAAGCUCGGCCCGUACAGGUUUCCAAGCCUAACUCCGAUGGAACGAUUUCAAGCGAUCUGCCGUAUAAUCUCCGAUCGCUCCGAACCAACCUUGAGACCGUCCAAAGCUCACCUGAAGCAGCUCUUUGGGCCCGUCAACUCGAACUGGAGACGUCGGCUUAUGAUACUACAAUGGAGAGACUUCGACAUGAAAUGGAAGAAUUGGAAAAGUUGGAACUGGGAGCGGCAUCAAAACUGAAAAAUCCUACGCUUCAGCAGUGGAUGUAUCAAUGGCUCCAGGCCACAGAAACUAGGCUCGAAGACGACAUCAAAGCUUUAACAAACAAAGAGAAGACGACCAAGCCCUCUGCCAAUAAUCCACUAGAAUCCCCACUCUCACCCUUCCUCCGCCUUCUCGACACCUCCAAACUAGCCAUGAUCACAAUCCUCGAACUAAUGCGCCUUCAUGGAACGGGCGGUGUCUCGGAGGGAAUGAAAACCUCUCGGGCGCUUAUUGCCGUUGGAAGGGCGGUUGAGACUGAGUGUCUUGCGGUAUGGAGCAAGAAGCGGGGAGUCAAGCUUGGUGACGUCGUAUCAGCUCCGAGAAGUAUGAAGACCAGAAAGGGCAAACCACCCAAAGCCAAACCUGAAGUUAUCGAGAUUAUCGAAGAAGAGAGAACAGGAACUUCAAGGGCCUCAGAAAAUCCGGAACAACUGGCAGAAGCUGUGGUCGAUACUGAGUCACCUAUCGUUGCCAAUAUGGAAAGCAGCAUGCCAGAAUGGACCCAAGUUGUUCGGGUCCGAGUUGGAAGUUUCCUGGUAGACUCGGUCAUGAACUCCGCAUACAUCAAGAGAAACGGUACGAACGAGAGCGGUGAAAAUCUCUGCGAAGAACAACCAGCGUUCAUGCACUCUUACGAAUACGUUCGCGGAAAAAAGCUAGGGGUUAUCAAACUCAACCCCGUAGUGGGCGAAAAAAUGGCCCGAGACCCAAUUAGGGAGACUUUGCAUCCCCGACACUUGCCGAUGCUCGUCAAGCCACAACCAUGGGAGGACUAUGACAAAGGAGGAUAUCUUAAACUGCGCUCGACCGUAAUGCGGAUUAAGGAUUCUCCCGAGCAGUUAUCCUACCUCAAACAUGCAUCCGCUGCCGGUCAUGUAGACUUUGUAUAUGAGUGUCUGGAUGCACUCGGAGAGACCCCAUGGAGGAUCAACGACAAGAUCUUGAACGUUGUUUUACAAGUCUGGAACGAGGGUAAAGGCAUGGCCGGAAUUCCCCCUAUCCAACUAGAUAUCGAAGAGCCCCCAAAACCAGAAGAGGACGACCCCCGAGCACGAGCGACGUAUCUACUCAAGUUGAAGUCGAUUCUGACGGACAAGAGGAACAACCACGGAGAGAGGUGUAACGUGAACUAUAAGCUCGAGGUGGCCAGAGCUUUUGUGAACGACGAAUUCUACAUGCCUCACAACCUCGACUUCCGAGGCCGAGCCUACCCGAUCCCACCGCAUCUGAACCAUAUCGGAGACGAUCUUUGUCGUGGGCUACUGCUGUUCGCUGAACGUCGACCGCUGGGUGAACGUGGGUUGCGGUGGUUGAAGAUUCACCUUGCGAAUGUAGAAGCACUUGGAGGAAUUAGAGAUAGUGCCGAGAAUCCUUUGAACGGAAAACAAUGGUGGCUCAAAGCAGAUGACCCGUGGCAAUGCUUAUCAACGUGCAUGGAGCUCACCGAAGCGCUCAAAGGUCCGGUCCCAGAACUCUACCGAUCCAAUUUACCUGUACAUCAAGACGGAACUUGCAAUGGUCUGCAGCACUACGCUGCACUUGGAGGAGACGCCGCUGGUGCACAACAUGUCAACCUUGAACAGGGUGAUCGACCGGCAGAUGUGUAUUCCCAUGUCGCGAGAAUGGUCGACGUAGUUGUUGAUGAAGACGCUGCACUGGGGAUCCCGGAAGCGAAGGUCGUACAGGGCAAGAUUGCGAGAAAGGUUGUGAAGCAAACUGUGAUGACGACUGUUUAUGGGGUCACGUUUAUCGGGGCUCGAGACCAGAUUGAAAAACAACUCAGGGACAUAGUAGGCCUGUCCCGGGAAGAAUCGUGGCCUGUCGCUGCAUAUUUGGCUAAGCGGGUUCUCGGUGCCAUCGGUGAUCUUUUCAGUGGCGCAUCCCAGAUCCAAAACUGGCUGAGCAUUAGUGCCCGAUUAAUCGCCAAGUCCAUCCCCUCUGAUCGCAUGCCCACCGUCUUAUCUGCUACGCCUCGUGAGGCCGCGCGGGAACGCAUGACGUCUGUCAUUUGGACAACUGCGCUUGGAUUGCCUAUUGUUCAGCCAUACCGCAAGGCCAAGAAGAAGCAGAUCUUGACUGCACUCCAAAGCGUAUUCAUUUCGGACCCCAAUCUUCCUACCCAGGUCGAUCCGGUCAAGCAGAGCGCUGCUUUCCCUCCAAACUUUGUACAUAGUUUGGAUGCGACUCAUAUGAUGUUGACUGCACUUGAAUGCCGGGCAUCGUCCAUCACCUUUGCGUCUGUUCACGACUCUUACUGGACACAUGCAUCGACCGUAGAUGAUAUGUCUGCUAUCAUCCGGGACACAUUUAUUGCACUCCAUAGCUCGAAUAUUCUGCAAAAGCUUCGAGAAGAGUUCCUUGAUCGCUAUAAGGAAUAUCGCGUACCCCUUUCUACCCUCACCGACCGUGAACUCUGCUCGAUUCUUCCCUCACUUGUUGACCCCGCACGAGAAUCUACUCCGCCACCCAAACUACUUAGCCUCAUCCUCGCUCUUGUUCAACGCUCCAACUCGCGGUACGCCAAAGAGGACGCGACAAAAAAAGCUAUUGCGGCCGCGAAGGAGAUGCUGAGCAACGCGGAAUUAGAGGCCGGUAAAGAUACCGUCGAGAAUGCUGUUGAAAUGCCAGAAACAGAAGAAGCUGAAGUCGAAUCGAUCGAAGAUACAAUCGAAGACUUUAUCGAAGGGUUAGAUGAAUCGGAGAAACCCAAAAAACGAAAGGCAUCGAUCAAGGUCAAGGGGCGUGUUGUCGCUGGAAAACUGGAUCCUGAUCUGCAAUAUAUCCUGUUGACGGAUAUAUUGCCUGUCCUACCUGAAAAGGGUGACUUUGAUGUCGCCAGAAUUAAGGAGUCGCAGUACUUCUUCUCGUAG